AUGCAAGGGGAAGAUAUAGAUCGAGCAGCCUUUCUAAGACUGAAAACCAAGGCUAUUUUCAACAGAUUGGAGCGCUUAAUCAAAGAGUUGGCCUCAGACAAGCUGCACAGUAUGGACGAGUACAGUAUUUCGGCAACGCUAGAAUCUCUGGUCGAAUUGAAAUCCAACUUUUCUGUCGCGCAUACAAGCUUAGAGGAAUUAGAUUUUGACUCCAUAGCCAGCGAUUUGCCAAGCCACUUCGACGCUGCUCUAAUCAACCUUAGGGCUAGCUUGCAACGCGAGAUAGGUAAACGUAGUACCUCUCAACAUUGCUCCACGUUCAGGAUGAACUCCAGUGAAGCCCAAUCAAUCGUCGUGAACGCCAAUAGUUCACGUCUACCAUUACUAACGCUGCCUAAAUUUUGUGGGGCCUACACUGAGUGGACAAAUUUCUAUUCGAUGUUCACGUCAAUUAUCGACAAGGACAGCGACCUCACAAACAUCGACAAACUACAACAUUUGUGUUCCUGUUUGAGCGGCGCUGCCCUCGACACCGUGCGGUCACUGGAAAUAAGCAAUGAUAAUUAUAAAACUGCUUUAGAACUUUUGCAGAAGCGUUUCGACAACAAACGUCUUAUAUUUCAGGCACACGUCAGGGAGAUAUUUGGGCUGAGCAAGGUGGAUUCAAACGUUGGCAUGCUCCGAAAGCUGACAGACAAGGUCACUUCACACAUUCGUGCAUUACAGUCGCUCGCAUCUAACGAGAAAAUUGCAGACUGCAUCAUCGUACAAAUGAUUCUCCAGAAACUUGACAAAACGACGCAGGCCAAAUGGGAGGAAACCUCUUCGAUCAGCGAGCUGCCAUCCUGGGAUCAAUUGACUGCAUUCUUGGAAAGGCGCUGCCGAAUGCUUGAGAAUGUUGAGCAUGCUGUUCAAGCACAGACUGGUCAGGCGUUAAGGCAUAGCAAAAACGACAGUAUUAGUCAAAGGAAAACGUUUGUCGCCUCCAAAGGCUCAACACGUGUUUGUGUAUUUUGUGGAGCACCCGAGCAUGCAAUUUAUAGUUGUCAACUUUUCGCAAAUUUAGAUCCGAACUCGCGCCUGGGGGAAGUUAAGAAGCUUGCACUUUGUCUUAACUGCCUCAAGGCUGGCCAUCAAAUGCGGGACUGCAAAUCCGGAUCGUGCCGCACCUGCCAGUCGAAACACCACACGCUCCUGCAUUUUAACCGCUCAACUGCUUCGUUAACCGAUAGUCAAGCCGAUGCUUCAUCGGUGGCCACAAUUCGAUCCAGUGCUAUGACUGCAUCGAUAUCUGCUUCGCUUAAUGCCCCCGUGUCUCCUUCUGAUGCUGUGCUCCUAGCUACUGCCGUCAUUCUUCUAUUCAAAACAAAAGCUUCUGCUACAGUCUCUGGAAUUGGAGAUGCCAACUUCCCAACGGAAGGUUACUCACUCGAUCUCGUACUUAAGUCGCGGACUUCAGAUUUUUCAACAAGCAUCACUGCCCUUGUUGUGAAAACCAUCACCGACAAUCAGCCUGGCUGCUCCGUGAGCACCAACGAGUGUAAUGUUCCGUCGAAUAUACCACUAGCCGAUCCUGGGUUCAACUUACCACAGCGUAUUGAUCUGCUCAUCGGAGCAGGACUGUUCUUCGAUCUACUUUGUGUGGGUCAGAUACGCUUAGGAUCUGGUUUACCACUACUUCAGAAAACUCGUCUCGGAUGGGUGCUAUCUGGAGGUGGGCAACAAACUCCAAACCUGUCAUCAUUCGUCGUGAGGCAGAAAUCCUCCAGUGGUCUCAUUCCCAGCACUCGGCUGGACUAUUUAGUACGUCGGUUUUGGGAGAUCGAGCACAUUUUCGAACCGAUCUCUAAGGCCUCCCAAGAAGAUCUUGACUGCGAAGCCCACUUCCAGGGAAAUUAUUUUCGAUUGCCAUCAGGUGAAUACUCUGUUCGUCUGCCCAUAAAACGCAGCAUGGAUGCCCUAGGAGACUCCUAUUUACAAGCUCGUCAACGCUUUCAAGGUCUGGAACGAAAAUUCGCCCGUAACCCUGAUCUAAAGGCAGAAUACAGUAAGUUUAUUAAGGAAUAUCUGGACCUCAACCACAUGUCGCUGGUUUCCAACGAGGUUGUACAACAAUGCAAGUACUUCCUGCCACAUCAUUGCGUUAUCAAGGAUGACAGUAGUACAACAAAAUUGAGGGUGGUUUUUGAUGGAUCUGCAACCACUACCUCAGCACUUACUGCAGACAUCUGUAAGAUGUAUAGGUGUGUUCGCGUCACUCCACCGGACAACAUGCUCGAAUGUAUUUUGUGGCGAGAAUCUCCACAAGAAGACUUUCGCAUCUAUAAGCUCGACACGGUGACGUAUGGAACUAGGCCUGCAGCGUUUCUAGCCAUCCGAGCCAUGCACCAACUCGCAGCAGACGAAUCCGCGACUUAUCCCAUUGGAGCAGAAGCGGUACUUCGGGACUUCUAUGUAGAUGACCUGAUAACUGGGGGCGAUUCAAUGGCAGAAGUACUCAACAUUAAACUGCAAACAACUAGCCUUCUUACCCGAGGAAGCUUCAAGUUACGCAAAUGGUGCUCUAAUAGUCCUGAGAUCCUUCGUGAUAUUCCUGACGUAGACAAGGAAAAGUUUCUUAAGUUUGACGAUGGCAGUGACAUCACCAAAGCACUGGGGCUUGUCUGGGAUCCGCACAAGGACAAAUUGCUAUUUUCAUUUGUACCACAAAGAGAAUUCGGAAAAAACUCCAAACGCUCUGCGUUGUCUACACUAGCUCGAUGUUACGAUCCCCUUGGACUAAUGGGGCCCACGCUGACCAAGGCGAAGAUUCUUCUGCAACGAAUGUGGAGAGAUAAGCUCGAGUGGGAUGAGAGUCUGCCACAAUCGUUAGACACUGCUUGGUCUGCUUUUUGCACUGGAUUUGCAGACAUGCAGUAUCUAUCAUUUCCUCGUUACGUUUUUCAGUCUGAAGCCAUUAGAGAAAUCCAUGCAUUUUGCGAUGCAAGCCUUGAAGCUUAUGGGACUUGUGUUUACACGCGAUCAACCAAGGACAACAACAUACAAGUUCACCUAUUAUGUUCAAAGGCCCGUGUCUCUCCACUAAAGACCGUCACCAUACCCAAGCUGGAACUCUGUGCAGCAACAUUGCUCGCACAGCUAAUGGGUGGCAGGAAAACAACAGCUCGCGUUCUACAAAAAUGCAUUAUCUGCCUCAAAUCAAGACCGAGACUCGUCGAGCACAUAAUGGCUGAUCUGCCCAAGGAACGCAUUCAGGCUUCGCGGCCCUUCAUAGUCACCGGUGUGGAUUACUGCGGCCCGUUUUAUUACAAGCCUGAAGUGCGCAACAAAUCGCCACAAAAAUGCUAUGUUAGCGUGUUCAUAUGCUUCGCUACAAAGGCUGUUUGGAUGGAGUUGGUAAGAGGCCUUUCAACGGGUGCAUUUAUUGACGCAUUAAAAAGAUUCAUAGCCACGCGUGGAAUACCAAGAUGUAUCUGGUCUGACAAUGCAACGAAUUUUGUAGGCGCUAAGAACGAGCUUAAGGAACUACGAGACUUAGUUCUCAGUGAAAAACACCGCAGUAAACUUCACAACUUUUGCCUCAGUAAUGGGUUCGAUUGGCGCUUCAUUCCCCCUCGCUCCCCGCACUUUGGCGGUUUGUGGGAAGCAGCCGUAAAGACAGCCAAGCAACAUUUCUAUCGUUCCGCUAGCUCAUCAAUUCUUGGGUUUGAUGAAUUGCGUACAUUGCAACAACAGCUCAUUAUAAUUGUUAAGAUAGCCUCUAAUAUUCCAUUGUAG